AAUUCCUUUACAGCAGUACAUGUAACAUCAGGCUUUACGAGAGAUUUAAAUACUAUCAUUUUUCAGUUUUCGUUUCAGUCUUGAAUCGUUAAACUUUCAGUGUCAUCCAAGGGAACCAUGGAAACAAGUACUAUCGACAACGCAAAAAGUCCAGGCCAAAAACUCCGGCGUAGGUCAUCCGUUGUGACGACAACACGGCCGCCAGAUGGAGGGUACGGAUGGGUAGUGUGUGCAGCAAGCUUCUACGCAACGUUCCUGACCGCAGGAACCAUCAUGUGCUAUGGGGUCAUUUAUGUGGAAUUUUUGGACUAUUUUAGAGAGACCAGGACGAAAACGUCAUGGAUAGGCAGCUUAACGUUGAUGUCAUUCUCAUUAGCAGGUCCUCUGUCAAGCGUACUUUCUAUCCGGUUCGGCCACCGAUUUGCGGUUAUCUUUGGUGGCAUUAUUUCAGCCAUCAGUAUGGCGGUCAGCGCCCUUGCCGAUAGUAUCUAUUUCUUGUAUGCCAGCUUCGGGAUAUUUGGUGGUCUAGGCAUGGGUCUGGCGUUGACUCCUACCAUAUCCCUGGUGGCACUUUACUUCGACAGGAGGAGGUCCACAGCAAUCGCCAUUGCCUUCUCCGGCGGAGGAAUCUCAUACCUCGUGUUUCCGCCCAUGAUGGACAUUUGCAUGGACGCCAUAACAUGGAGGGGCGUCAUGUUUGUAUUAGCGGCAUUAUGGAUGCAAUGCUGCAUAUGUGGCGCUUUGCUUCGCCCUCUAACGGUACGAGAAGAUAUCUUCAUGGCUCGACGAAUGUCGAGGUUUUCAAUUUCGGAUAAAGUAACAGAGCGGCGAAUGUCGAGAUUUUCAAUUACAUCGGAUAAAGUAGCAGAGCGGCGAAUAUCGAGAUUUUCAAUUAUUUCGGAUAAAAUAGGCGAAAAUGAAGGAAUAGAGGAAAUAGAAGCGCCCCCUGGUGCAUGUGAUGUAGUUUUGUUUAGAAACUGGCGAUUCUGGAUGUAUCUGCUUCAGGAAUUCCUCUGGCGUAUUGACUUCAUGAACUUUCCUUCCAUCCUGCCAGAUUUUGCCAUAUUGAAUGGCUACAACAAGAUGCAAAGCGGGCUCCUGCUGACGAUAUUCGGUUGCACGGUCGUUCCAUCAAGGUUGUUAGGGGGGUGGGCGGUAGACCGGACUAAAGCCAACCCGUUUUUCCUGCAAAUUAUUUUGAUCGCAGGCAUAGGUGCGAUGAACAUUAUCAUGCCUUUUACGGGAUCUUCAUACAUCGCCAUGGCGGUGGUAUGUGGUACCAGAGGGGCUUUCAUUGGAUUCCUGCCAGUGAUAGGUCCCAGUAUUCUAGUCCAUCUCUUCACUAAGGAGUGUAUGACCAGCUCACUUGGAUACGCCACGUUGGCUUGUGGCGCUGGGGAACUGAUUGCGCCACCUAUUGGAGGGGUAAUCUACGACCAAACUGGUAACUACAUGUACGCCUACCUGACGUGUGCCUUCAUCUCCUUCCUGGCGGCCGUGGUUGCUCUUGUCCUCUUCCUUGACACAAAGAAAAAACACAAACUCGACCGAGUUAGGGUACAGGGGGAAAAUGCUAAUGUGUCGGAGUUGGAAGGGUUGAAGAACAGUACCGUUUGAGGGUUAAUAGUCUCAGAUUGACCGGAGUCCGCAACAGAUUUGGGCAGGUUUGUCCAGUUCGACUAAAACACGUGGCACUUGACUAAAACAAUGGUACCGGGUAGGCCUGCAUGGCUACCGACAGUUUAUAUUACCCCAAAAGGGCGACAGAAUGAA